UAGAGGGGUGGUUGUCAGGGGCCACACGGAGGGGGCUGCAGGUCACCAGGGGCCUCUAGAGCGUCGUUUGCAGGUCGUUAUCCUGAAGGGUCGGAGCGCCGGCGUCCUGCUUGUCGCGUUGUCUGUGGUUACCGGACGCCUCUGAGGGAUUACACUCCAUGGGCGCCGUGUCAAUCAUCGGAGCCGAGGACGAGGACUUCGAGAAUGACAUUGAGCCGAAUGUGGACGACCAGCAGAGUUAUUUCCAGAGUAUUGAGCUGGUGAAGGACCACCCGGCUUACAUCAUGGUCUUCCUGCACCAUGUCGUCCUCCAGUUUGACCCGAGCCCCCUGCUCUGCUUCUUACACGUGGAAAUUUUAAGAAGCCUUUCAGCCAAAGAGGGAAAGAAAUCCUUUACAGAUUUCUACAACACGUUCCUGAUGAAGGGAGCGAUUUUGCGGGUCCCAAUUCCGAGUAGCGUGUCCUUUGAACUGGAUCGCACGAGGUUAGACCUCAUCCAGGACGACGCGCUGAAGAAAUACAUAACCGAGAUCCAGAGUUACCAGAUCCCAGAGAUCUGCCGGCAGCUGGAAGAUUUCAGGACCAAACGGGUACUCGGCAUGACCCCCGGAGAGCUGGAGCUGAGGGAGCUGGAGUCGUAUAGGACCAAUGACCGAUACAUCUUACAGUCCAAAGAGAAGCAGCUGGCGGAGCGUCUGCUGGGGAAGCUGGAUGACAUGCACCCAAACAUCUCGCCGGACGAGGAGAAAAGUUCUGCCAUCGUCCUCGCCAUCGCCGCCUACAUGAAGCACAUCGGGGUGAAGACCAAGGUGGCGGAUAGCAAAAAAUCCAAACGCGGCUUCUUCAGGAACAUGGUGUCUGCGAAGAAGCCAGACGAGGCCUUGAAACCUAAGAAGCCCUUCAGCAUCUGGAACCGCAAUGAGACCCCGCACUAUGUUGAGACCAGACCGACAAAGGUUGAGGCUGAAGCUGAUAAGCCGGCCAUUCCCGAGAGGAAGCUCAGUCAUGGGCAGAGGAACUUUGACCGAAGCGACAGCAACACGUUGAAGCCCAAGACCCCCAUCGACAGUCCUGACCCGGGAGUCUCUGUGACUAUACACCCACCACCCAGCGAGCCCAGCGACAGUGACACAGUGUCUGAUGGGACAUCUUCUCUCGAUUUCACUGACGUGUCCAAAGGUUCUCCGACCACAGAGUUCUACCCGACAGAACAGCAGGAAGACUUUGCCGAAAACGACAGACGGAAGAAAAGGCAUUCUAGUAAGCUGGGGCGUUCAGAGAGCUUACGAGUGUACGAGCGCAAGCGUUCACUGCGAGGUUCAGCCAAAGGCAAGCAGACGCGCUCUCGCAGCGAUGUGGAUCUGGAGGCUGCCGCCCGAGCCAACGACAUGCAGGCCUCGUCAAGCAAGUCAAAAUCUGGCAGCCUCACCCCGGAGCCUGGAGGGAGCGUAGAAGGUCAGCAGUCCUUUCUGCUUCCCCAGUCUGAGGAGACUGAGCCGCGCGUUUUGGAGGCCGAGAACGACCCCCCAAAUUGGAGAGAUCUCGUCCCCCCUGAAACACUCCUCAGGCUGAAGAAAAGUGAAAUCAAGCGGCAAGAGGUCAUCAAUGAACUGCUGUUCACUGAGCACGCUCACGUGCGGAUGCUCCGCGUGUUACAUGACAUCUUCUACAUUCCCAUGAAGAACAUCUGGGUCCCCACCGUGGAGGUGGAGAACAUAUUUCCAAGUCUUGAUGACCUGAUUGAGGCGCAUGCUUUGCUGUUGGACAAUUUGAAGAAGCUGCGCCAGGAAAAUAACUCCAUCAUCCAGGAGAUCGGGAGCACGCUGCUGCAUCGGUUUGAUGGUACUGAAGGACUCUGGUUUCAGAAGAUCUCCUCAAGGUUUUGCAGUCGUCAACCGUUUGCUCUGGAACAACUAAAGCAGAAGCAGAAGAAAGAUCCUCGAUUCACACAGUUCAUUCAGGAAGCCGAGAGCAACCCACAAUGUCGGCGUCUACAGCUGAAGGACAUUAUUCCAUUUGAGAUGCAGAGACUGACCAAAUACCCGCUCCUGCUGCAGAACAUCGCUAACCUGACCGAGGAAGAAGAGGAGAAGCAGAAGGUACAGAAAGCGGCUGAAUGUUGCCGGCAAAUCCUGAACCACGUCAACACCGAAGUGAGAGAGAUGGAGAACAAAAUGAAACUGAUUGAUUACCAAAGACGCCUCGAUAUGUCAAACCUGAAGCAGAGCAACGACCCGCUGUUCAGCGAGUUCAAGAACAUCGACAUCACAAAGAAGAACCUGAUCUAUGAAGGAGCGCUGACGUGGAGAGUCAGUAAAGACAAAUCUGUCGACGUUCAUGUCCUUCUCUUGGAUGACAUCUUGAUGCUGCUUCAAAAACAAGAUGAGCGCUUAGUGUUGAAGUGCCAAAGUCGGACGAUCACUCCAACCCCGGAUGGAAAACUCAUGCUGAGUCCAAUCAUCAAGCUGAACACAGCGAUGGCCCGUGAGGUGGCUACUGAUAACAAAGCCUUCUUUGUCCUAUUCAAGUGGGAGGACAGAGCGCAGAUCUACGAGCUGGUGGCGCCGACCACGUCUGAGAAGAAAGCAUGGUUUUCCAUAAUCAGUCAAAAUACCGGUCGCCUGGAAUCGUCAGCUUCCUCCAAACCAAGACCGUCAUACAACAACCCGGCCAUGCUUUCCCAGAGCCCGACCUAUGAUCAUUUGCUGGGAGGUUCAGAAAACGGAGGCUCCAUGAAAGAGUCUGCAACGAAGGACGAAAAGGAGGAAUCUCUCGACGACGUGGGGCUCGGGAGCGAGGAUAAUCCUGGGGACCAAUCAGCAGAACAUCUCGCCUACAAGCUGAACCCGUACACGAGCGGAGGCGGAAAUGUCGCCAGUGAAGCGCUAGAAGAAGUCUCGGUCUUGAAGAGGUUACUUGUACGUAAUAUCCGGCUAAGUCUGGACGUGGAGUCUCUUGCAAACCUUGACAGCUGGUCUGAAAACUCCCAGGAUGAGUCUGGAGGACCCCAACCUGCCCCAGAAGAGAAGAACACAAAUGGUCAGGAAGAAGAUGCUGCAGCAGCAGAGUCUGACAGGGAGGCCAAAGAGCAGGGGUGUGAUUUCGGGCCACGAGACAUUGGAGAGUCUCUGUGUGCCCCCAUCGUCUUGUCCCAGGAGCAGUCAGAGGAGGUUCGGAGGCGCAUCCUUCUACUGGAGCAGAGAGUGCAGCAGCUGAAGGUUAUAGAGGAGGAUUAUAUCCACCUGCAGAGGACCGUUGCCAAAUUUACUGUAUCCCAAGGAAGCUUCACAUGAGACAGGUCCUGUUUUCCAUGGUUAACUGAGCUGCAUGCCCUGCCAAGAAUGACGGUGACACAACCUCUGAGGUGCCAGGAACAGGACGAUUGCCAGGGUGGGAGUUAUGGAACUAAAUGGACUGCCAGUCAUAGGAUGUGGGUGGGUGGGAGCCCUGCUGUAAUUGAGGGGACCUGGUUUUAUCCCUCUUGGACGACACAAGUGCCUUAUAGCUUUUAUACUUUUCAGUUUUUUCAGGGAUGGGGGGGGGGGGGGUGAAGUGCGUAUUCAGUCUGCUUUUUUUAAUAUAUAUUUCAGAUAGAAAUUCUUAUCAUAGCUGUACAGUAACGUCAUCCCGUCUGCUUACUAGAGAGACUGGAUUUUUUUUGCUCUUUUUUUUUUCCACAUUAAUAAAGUUUAUAUAAAAUAAUAAUAAAAAGCACAAAAAAAGUGAACCCUUCAGCUCCAUAUGGAGGUUGGGGUUCCCCUGUAACGUGGAUGCCUGGAUAGGAAUGGAGAACAAAGUGUGGAGGGGUUUAGGGUUCAAGGGCGACGAUAUAUGACACUGUGGUACUAUUGAGAUACGGGCAGGUUAGAUACAGUUAGAUACAGCGGUGGGCUCCGACAUGUGGGUCUCCAGCUGGGAGUUGUAGUUCUGCAAUAGCUGAAGAGCCACAGGGUGGAGAUGGGUCAUUGAUGGGCAGGAUCAGGAGGUCUCACUGGAUAAUCGCCUCCAUUAGACCCGGUCUACGCAGCAUUCCCAUGGCUUGCGGUUGUUCAGAAGUCUCUGUAGUCGUAGUCGGCGUACUGCUGUGUUUCGGCCCUUUGUGCUUCCUGUACAGAUUUUUCUCCGCUGUACGGGUCAGAGGAAUAAGGGUCUAUGAACUGGGGAAAGGAUGAAGUAUUUAAAGGCGUUAUUUAGACUGAAAAAGGAUCUGUAUUUUAUUGCGGGAACAGCGCCUCUCGUGUCCAUGGGCUGUAUUGGGUAUUGCGGCCUUUAAGUGAAUGGGAGUACCAGACAUAGCCUAUAGGACAAGGGAGGCGCCCUUUCUGGAAUACAAUGCAGAUCCCUUUUUUUUGUCAUGAUGCUGAUGGCGUUAAAGGUGUGAAAUGUACGUGUUCUAAACAGACGGUCUACAUACGUGUUCUUUUGAUGGUUGUAGUAUUAAAAUAUAGAAAAGUUCCCAUUGUAAUCCAGGCACCCAGUUACUGAUGACUUGCAACUUCUGCUAUAGACAUAUCACUGCUCACCAUGGAGGAGGUGACUUAAGGAAGUUCUCCAGCUAAAUCUAAUUCAUAGAAAUCUGAUUACUAAGGCCCAUCGAUAUGGAGACUGUCGUGGUGUGACUGCUGCCAGGCUCCUCCGCCUAUACUGAUUACUAAGGCCCAUCGAUAUGGAGACUGUCGUGGUGUGACUGCUGCCAGGCGGCUCCUCCUAUACUGAUUACUAAGGCCCAUCGAUAUGGAGACCAUCGUGGUGUGACUGCUGCCAGGCGGCUCCUCCUAUACUGAUUA